AUGGCCUGGAAUCUCUUCAAGCUCAUCUUCUUUUGGAUUACCUUCUUCAAUCUCGCAACUCGUAAAGCAACGGGUGCCGUUCAGCUUAUCCGAGAUUGCAGUGAAGAAAGAAACAAUGACAACAGCACCUCUCAGGCCAACCUCAGGACCCUCCUCUCUUCCUUAUCUUCCAACGCUACAGCCAACGUCAAUGGAUUCUACAACAACACAAUCCUUGGCACAAACUCCUUUGAUACAGUAUAUGGUCUUUUCAUGUGCAGGGCUGAUCUUCUCUCUCACGCCUGCAAUGAUUGCGUUGCAAACGCAACCCAGACUCUGUCUUCAGACUGUUCCCUGUCUAAAUCGAGUUUGAUUUGGUACGACGAAUGCAUGGUUCGGUAUUCCGACCACUCUUUCUUCUCCACUAUGGACACAACUCCCGGAUAUUACAUGUGCAAUGUGGCCAAUAUCUCCUCUAACCCAUCAACCUUCAUGAGUUUACUAACAGACACCAUGAAACAAACUGCAAAAGAAGCAGCCGAUUCUCGUAACAGGUAUUCCACAAAGCAAGAAAACUUAGCGGAAGCUCAGACCCUUUACUGUCUAGCUCAGUGCACACAAGACCUUUCACUCCAACAAUGCUCAGACUGCCUUCAUUCAGCAAUAUCAAGUAUUCCAUUUUGGUGUGACGGAAAGCAAGGAGGAAGAGGUCUGCUUCCCAGUUGUAACAUCAGGUAUGAAUUGUACCCUUUCUACCGCGUCACCUAUGAGGCACCUAAAGGAUUCGUCCCAGAGACAAAAUAUGAACACACAGAUUCUGAAUAUUCGGAAGAUCCUGGCUAUAUUUCUCACAACUGCUCAAACAACAAAAUUGACGCUGAUUUCAAAUCAAAACUCCAAACCCUCCUCUUUGACUUGUCUUCCAACGCCACCUCUAGAUAUGGAUUUCAGACGCAAGAGGGAACGGCCUACGGCCUCUUCAGGUGCCGUAUUGACAUUCCUGCUCGCCUCUGUGAACAAUGCAUAAAAAACGCAACGGACAGAAUAACCUCGGACUGUGGUUUGGCUUAUGCGGAGGCUGUAAUAUGGUACAAUCACUGUUGGCUUCGCUAUUCCGACAGAAAUUUCUUCUCCACGUUCGAAAGAAGUCCGAGAUUUGGGAAUCUGAAUAUCAGCAACAGCAGUCCGAUACAGUCCUCUGUAGCUUCUGAAUUAUCGAACCAGUUAGCUAAGGUGGCCAUAAUGACAGGGAACACUGAUAACAAAUUCGUAACAGAUGAAUCUCUGAGNUUNAACGACAAGCAAAGAGUGUACAUUCUUGGUCAGUGCUCAUCGGAUCUAUCAACCAAUAGUUGCAGUGGGUGCCUCAGUGAUGUGAUUGGAACAGCAAUUCCAUGGAGCAGUUUGGGAAGCGUGGGUGGACGGGUUCUGUAUCCGAGCUGUAUUCUUCGCUUUGAAUUGUUCCAGUUUUAUGAUCUCACGCUUACCAGACCAUCUGCUGCUCCUCCUCCCUCACCAGAAAAAAAUCCAAGAAUAUUGCAUUGGAUGAAUUUGAAAUUGGGAGAGAACCUAGUAACAAGAGCUUUGGAAACUGGUGUGGUUAAUGUUGAUGUUGAUGUUGAUGUUGAUGUUGAUGUUGGUACAAUGAAGGAUGAGAAAGACUUCAAGGAUCAAGCAAGAGGAAAAAAUAAAGAUGAAAAGGCAUCAACAAAGAAGGAACUUAAGAAAAAUCGUAGAGAGCGAUUUUUGGAAAGUUUACACGAGCAACAAAGUCUUGUUGUAGAACUUAAAAGGAGGGUUCUUGUGUUGGAGGAAGAGGUGGCAUUCGAGAAACAUAGACGAAGAAGACCACAGGAUGGUGGAAACAAUGUGCCACAUGAAGAACCGUCCAUAUCCCCUAGAGGCAUGUCCUUGGGAGGCAUCAGUCCGGGCGGGAUCCCGUUGGGAGGCCACUCCCAAGAAGGCAUGUCCAGUGGUCGUCCUGAAAUGAAGACAUUUGUGAGGAUGGGGUCACGAAGGCGUUACAAGAGUAGAGCGCUUAGGACUCCUUAUGUAUGA